AUGCCAACUUUCACCUAUCAGGAGCUUCAAGAAGCAACGGAUGGAUUUAGAGAACUGGGUAGGGGUGCUUUUGGAACAGUGUACAAAGAUGUUCUCGGAUCUGAGGAUACAAACUUUGUGGUGGUAAAAUUGUUGGCAACAAGGACUAGAGAAAGCGAAAAGGAGUUUGAAAGAGAAGUGAGCGCAAUUGGCCAAACUAACCACAAGAAGUUAGUACAUUUACUUGGAUUCUGCAAUGAGGGUCAACACCAAUUACUAGUGUAUGAAUUCAUGAGCAAUGGUAGUACGGCAGAUUUUCUUUUCGGCUCUUCAAGGCCUAACUGGUGUAAAAUAAUAGAAAUUGCCUGUGGUGUUGCGAGGGGCCUCUCUUGCUUGCAUAAGGAUUGCACCAGGCAUAUAAUCCACUGCAACAUCAAGUCACAAAAUAUUCUUAUUGAUGGCUCUCUUGCUGUAAAAAUAUCAGACUUCAGAUUAGCUAAGUUCUUGAUGGCAAACCAAACACGAACCACCACUGGUGUGAAGGAACCGGAGGUUAUUGAGUGCCAGAAUGUUCAGGAAUAUGCCUAUUUUUGCCAAAGUAGCCGUUUACAGCUUUGGCAUUUUGUUGCUUGA